AUGAGUCAUAGCCCGGAAAAGAUCUCCUCCUACCGCCGCAACUUCGAGGGUGGGCUGGCCUCCUCAUCCUCCUCUCUCCAGAUCCGCGUCUCCAGCCCCUCUCCAACCCGCAGGAGCAAACGGGGCCGCUCGGGCAGCUACAAGCGUAAUGCUGCCGCGGGGCGCAAGGCCAUGUCUGGAAGCGGUGCCAUCAUGAGCAUGAGCCUGAGUGUGAGCGGUGCCACUGGGGAUCUGGACGCGGCGUCUGCAGAGAACCAGGCCUUCCUGAAAGCCCGCACCAACGAGAGGCAGGAGAUGAUCACCCUUAACGGCCGUCUGGCCAAGUACAUCGAGUUGGUGCACUCCCUGGAGUCUCAGAACAAGAUUCUGGAGACGGAGAUCGAAGCGCUGCGCCGCGUCAACAAUCCCUCAGGCCUGCGCAUGCUCUACGAGGAACGAUUGAGGGAGAUGAGGAGGGUGGCUGACCAGAUGACGGCUCAGAGGGACUUAGCGUUUGCGGCUAAGGAUGCCAUGGGUGUCCAGGUGAAGAUGAUGAAGGCCAGGUACAGUGAGGCUCUGGAGGCCCACAAGAAGGCAGAGAGGGAAAUUGAAGCUGUUCGCCCCGAUGUGGAUGCUGCUACUGCUGGUCGCAUCACCCUGGAGAAACAGAAGGAUAACCUGGAGCACCAACGGGAGUUCCAGCAGAGGGUCCACAAGCAGGAAACCGACGAGCUGAUGGCUCAAAUCUACAGCUGGGUGGCUAAGGGGAAUAAGGCAAUUGUUCUGUCCGAUCUCGGCUCUACACGCAAUUGCAUGGCAAUCAAAAAGUUAAAGGAAAUGGAAGCAUGGUACAAGACUCAAUUCCAGGACAUGUCGCAGGAGUCAUCGAGUCACAUGGAAUCUGUCUGCAGCACCAGAGCGGAGAUCAAAGGGCUGAAGGCAAAGACUCGUAGUAAGGAGGGGGAGCUGGAUAGGCUGAUGACCAGGAGCGAGGUUCUGGAGGCAAAGCUGCGUGAUGCUACCGAGCGCUACAGGAACGAGGAAGAGACUCUCCAGGCCAGAAUUGAUACUUUCAAUCAGGAGCUGAGUGCCAUCAAGAGCAAGAUCACUGUGAUGCUGCAGGAAUACGAAGACCUCCUGAGUGUUAAGAAGUCCUUGGAGAUGGAGAUCGCAACCUACAGGAAACUGAUUGAGGAUGAGGACAACCGCCUGAACAACAUGGUGAGCUACUUUCCCCUCAAGGGCAGCGCUGGCAUGAUGGCAGGUGGCAUGAUGGCCAUAAUGGCAUAAUCCAGAGUGACACACAGGAACGAACCUUCAGAAUUUCUGGAGCGGUCACCGAUGACGACCUUUGAGGAACAUACAAGUUACAAGUUGAAGACGAGCAGGAAAACUCUAAUAUCUCUAGCCUACCUGCUACGGAAAUUGAGAAAGGAAGGUUUAAGUAAGUGUUGACAAAGUGUUGAUUUUUCUGAAAAUCAAUGUUCUGCUUUUUGGAGCCUGCAUAAGACUGACACAUACGUAGGCAGAACUGGCCUUUUUAGCAGGUGCAUUCAAGUUAAAAUGGGUUAAAUUAAUCCAUAGACCUGCUUUCAUUUCCUCCCUCCUCCCG